CUGCCCUCCAAAGUAAUUCGUCAAAUUAUUUUAAGAGAUGCUUUUGACUUUAUAUUGAGAAGGGAAAAAGAAUUACCUGUUCCUAAAACGUUAAGCGGAGUAGAAAAAUAUCGGUUGCCAAAUCGUAGUGAGCAUAAGAACUUGUUCCAGAGGGCAAUGCGGCAUUGGGAGAAUUACACCUGUGUGUCUUUCGUACCCAAACUGCCACAACACAAACACUACAUAAUGUUUACUAUCGAUAAAUGUGGGUGUUGUUCUUAUGUUGGGCGUCGUGGUGAUGGCCCGCAGGCGAUCUCCAUAGGCAAAAAUUGUGACAAAUUUGGCAUAGUUGUACAUGAACUUGGCCAUGUGGUUGGAUUUUGGCAUGAGCACACACGUCCUGAUCGAGAUCUAUAUGUGGACAUAUUCUAUAAAAGUAUUCAGCCAGGUUUUCGCUCAGAAAUCGGACAGAGAGUGCAAUUGAGUGAAGGUGAUAUUCGUCAGGCUAAAAAACUCUAUAACUGUGCAGCCUGUGGCGGCACCUUGCUCCAGGAUUCUGCUGAACUUAUACCGUCUAGUGCUGGCAAGUGCGUUUGGCAUAUUAUCGCAGCUGAAGGACAGACAAUAUUCCUGAAUUUG